AUACUAACCUCACUUUUCCCCAAUUCCGCUCUCGUUGACAAUUUUUUAAUAGUUAGUCAAUUUCUCCUGAUACUUCAGUGCCGUAAAUGGAUCUAAAGUGUUAAAACAUUACAUCAGGUUCUUUUAACCAGGGUAGCUCUCUCAGUUUGUCUUUAAAGUUACAUACACUCAGUGAAAAUGCCGUUGUCGUGUCGGUUUUAUGCCGAGAGGUAUCCAGAAGUGGAAGAUGUGGUCAUGGUAAAUGUCCGAAGUAUAGCAGAAAUGGGUGCAUACGUGCAUCUGCUAGAAUAUAAUAACAUAGAGGGUAUGAUCCUGUUAUCUGAGUUGUCGAGAAGACGUAUCCGAUCAAUAAACAAGCUCAUCCGAGUCGGCAAAACAGAGCCAGUUGUAGUCAUCAGAGUGGACAAAGAAAAAGGUUAUAUAGAUUUGUCAAAACGUCGAGUUUCUCCUGAAGAUAUUGAAAAAUGUACAGAAAGGUUUUCAAAAGCAAAGGCUGUCAACUCAAUACUGCGGCAUGUCGCUGAGUUGCUUGGAUAUGAAAAUGAUCAGCAACUGGAAGAAUUGUACCAGCGAACGGCAUGGUAUUUUGAGGAAAAAACCAAAAAGAAAGCAUCUGCUUUUGACUUUUUCAAACAAGCAGUAGUUGACAAGAGUGUCCUGAAUGAAUGUGGGUUGGAUGAGAAAACAUUAGAUGUGCUGUACAACAACAUCCAAAAUAAACUGACGUCGCAAGCUGUUAAAAUUCGAGCUGAUAUUGAGGUUGCUUGCUAUGGUUAUGAAGGCAUUGAUGCUGUGAAAGCUGCGUUAAGGGCUGGUCUUGCAUGCUCCACACCUUCUUUACCAAUUAAAAUCAAUCUUAUAGCGCCUCCCUUGUAUGUCAUGACAACAGCAACACCAGAAAAAGCGGAUGGCUUAAAAGCUCUACAAGAUGCCAUCGAACAAGUAGACAAGAAGAUCAACGAACUAGGAGGUGUUUUCCAAAUCCAGAUGGCUCCGAAGGUUGUGACAGCCAGCGAUGAAGCAGAGCUGGCACGGCAGAUGGAACGUGCCGAGGCUGAGAACGCUGAAGUGGCGGGAGAUGAUGAUGAGGAGGAUGAAGAGAGAGGAGGCUCUGAGAACGGUGAUCAAGACGACGAGGAGGACCAAGACUCAUCCUAAAGUUUGCUACCAAUUGAAAAAUGUUUAACAUGUAUUAUUUCCACUUAGGCAAUAAAGAAUUAAAAUUUUUCUUAAAA